AAGCUGCCCCCCUGGCUCCCCACAGGCCGGCCGCGUGGCUUCAAGCUCCGCCUGCCCUCACUUCGCUCCCUCAGCAACAGCAAAGCCUCUCUGGACGACCCAGAGACAGGGCGCCUCCCGGCCCCUGGCUACCCCAGCCACGAGUCCCUGGCUCUGGGAGAGCUGCUCUCCCUGCCCACAUUACCUCCGGGGCACAAGAGCUCCAGUAGCACAGGCAGCAGCAGCAGGCCGGUCCUCCUGUGGCCCGAGGACCAGCGCGGCCUGCUGGGCUCAGAGCCUCCACCGUCCGCCACCCCCUCCUCGCUGCCCCCCGGCCAGUCGCCGUCCCGCAUCGCCCUCCAGACGCUCAACCCGAACGUCUCUCUGUCCAACUGCAGUCUGUCACACAGUCGCUCCCGCGAGAGCUUCCACAGCAUGCGGCGGGCGUCGUCAGUGGAUGACAUCGAGGCCAUGCGGCCGGCGUCAGACCGGAAAUACAGCACAGCCCAUCCCAUCCACAGCAGCACAGGGGCGGUGAACAACAAGUCCAACAUCCUCAACUCCACGUCGGACUCGGACCUCAUGCGUUACCGCACCAUCAGUAAGAUCCCCCAGAUCACCCUGAACUUCGUGGACUUCAAGGCGGACCCCCUGAGCACGCUGCCCCCGGGGGACAUGGACAUCAUAGCCCCCUGCAAGCUCAUCGACCGCACACACCACGUCACCGAUAAAGUCACCCAGGUGCUGUCGCUGGGUGCUGACGUCCUGCCAGAGUACAAGCUCCAGGCCCCUCGCAUCCACAAGUGGACCGUCCUCCACUACAGCCCCUUCAAGGCGGUGUGGGACUGGCUCAUCCUGCUGCUGGUCAUCUACACGGCUAUCUUGACCCCGUACUCCGCCGCCUUCCUCCUCAACGACCACGAGGAGGUGGCUAUGGUGAACUGUGGCUACUCGUGCUCGCCGCUCAACGUGGUCGACCUAAUCGUGGACAUCAUGUUCAUCGUGGACAUCGUCAUUAACUUCAGGACGACGUACGUCAAUACUAACGACGAGGUGGUCAGCGCUCCGCUGAGGAUAGCGGUCCAUUACUUCAAGGGCUGGUUCCUCAUCGACAUGGUGGCAGCCAUUCCCUUCGACUUGCUCAUCUACCGCAGCGGAGAGGAGACGACUACUCUGAUAGGCCUGCUGAAGACAGCCCGCCUCUUGCGGCUGGUGCGCGUGGCGAGGAAGCUGGACCGCUACUCGGAGUAUGGCGCCGCCGUCCUCUUCCUGCUCAUGUGUACAUUCGCCCUUAUCGCCCACUGGCUGGCGUGCAUCUGGUACGCCAUCGGCAGCGUGGAGCGCAACGGCAGCAUUGGCUGGCUCCACACGCUGGGCGAGUCUUUGGGGAAACACUACAACGAGACGGUGCAGGGCUCGGGCCCUUCCAUAAAGGACAAGUACGUGACGGCACUCUACUUCACCUUCUCCAGUCUGACCAGCGUGGGCUUUGGCAACGUCUCCCCCAACACCAACUCCGAGAAGAUCUUCUCCAUCUGCGUCAUGCUUAUCGGAUCUCUGAUGUACGCCAGCAUCUUUGGGAACGUGUCGGCCAUCAUCCAGAGGUUGUACUCGGGUACAGCGAGGUACCACACCCAGAUGCUGCGGGUCCGAGAGUUCAUCCGGUUCCACCAGAUCCCCAACCCACUGAGGCAGCGGCUGGAGGAGUACUUCCAACACGCCUGGUCCUAUACUAACGGCAUCGACAUGAAUGCUGUGUUGAAGGGGUUCCCAGAGUGUCUUCAGGCUGACAUAUGCCUCCACCUUAACCGUACACUCCUGGAGAACUGCAAGGCCUUCAAGGGCUCCACGAAGGGCUGUCUGCGGGCCCUGGCCAUGAAGUUCAAGACCACCCACGCCCCGCCCGGCGACACCCUGGUGCACGCCGGCGACGUGCUCACCGCCAUCUACUUCAUCUCGCGCGGCUCCAUCGAGAUCCUCCGAGGCGACGUGGUGGUGGCCAUCUUGGGGAAGAAUGACAUAUUUGGCGAGCCCAUCAACCUUUACGGGCGAGCGGGGAAGUCUAACGCCGAUGUGAGAGCUCUGACCUACUGUGACCUCCAUAAGAUCCACAGAGAGGACGUCCUGGAGGUGUUAAACAUGUACCCCGAGUUCUCCGACCACUUCUGGAUGAACCUGGAGAUAACCUUUAACCUCCGGGAUACCAAUAUGAUUCCUGGCUCUCCAGAAAGUGACAACUCAGACUGUAUAGGAUUCAACAAACUGCGCAGACGCAAACUAUCAUUCCGGCGCCGGACAGAGAAGGAUGAUGCAGAUGCAGGAGAGAUUAAAAAGGAGAGAGCCAAUAAACCACUACGGCGGAGACGGAAGGAGGCGGCCAGUAACCAGGGGGAGGGGCCUCUGAGCUCAGUGUCCUCCCACUCCAGUGGCGACGAAGGGGAGGAGUCUGUGGUCACAUGCCCUGCCCCUCCAUCGGCUCUGCAUGAGAUGUCCCCGACUCAGGCCACCACCCUGAACUUCAGCGACACUCCCGAGGGGGAGGGAGACCCAAAGGGGGGCAACACCUGCAAUGCACUCACAGGAGCAUUUUCAGGGGUGUCCAACAUCUUCAGUUUCUGGGGUGAGAGUCGGGGCAGUCGUGAGUACCAGGAGUUGCCGCGCUGCAGCCUGCCUUCCUCUCCCCCCCUCAACAGUAUCAGCCGCAGGCAGCGCACCGAGCUGGAGAACAGACUGGACCUGCUGCAGAAGCAACUCAACAGGCUGGAAACGAGGAUGUCGACAGACAUCGGGGCAAUCAUGCAACUACUACAGCGUCAGAUGGCCCUGGUGCCCCCAGCCUACAGCACUGUGUUGUCUCCCUCUCAGGCCUCACCCUACCCUAGCCCUGGUCCUGGAGAGAGGCUGGUGCAGUCUGAGACACUGGCUUCCCUCUCACAGAUCUCACACCCCCAGGACUUUGAGGAGUUCCCCGGCAAGUCGUGUGACUCUCUCCGCGGCCCUGAUCAGCUGCACCCCCAGGACUCGCCUCUGGUCAGCCCCACCGAGACACGACGAGACACCACUGGGCUGGGCAGCUUAAUCCUGGACCUGGACCUGGACCUGGGCAGCUUGGAGCUAGAACUAGGGGCUGGGUCAGUGGCAGGGUUUGGGUCAGGGAUGCGGGCAGGUUCAGGGUUGGGGUCAGGGAUGCGGGCAGGUUCAGGGUUGGGGUCAGGGAUGCGGGCAGGUUCAGGGUUGGGGUCAGGGAUACGGGCAGGUUCAGGGUUGGGGUCAGGGAUGCGGGCAGCUUCAGGGUUGGGGUCAGGGAUGCGGGCAGGUUCAGGGUUGGGGUCAGUGGGAGGGGCGAAUGGCCUGGACCCUGACACCCAGCGAAGGCUCUCUCUGCCUGAGCCACAGACGCCCCUGGACUCACAGACACCACAGAGGCACAGCUCCGACCCUGGGGGGAGCUAA